ACCUCCGAAAGCUUCCCCCCUUCCUGCCCGCGCCCGCCCGCAGCCGACCGCGAGUCUCCCCGGUCGCCGGCGCCCUCGUCUCCGGCGAGCCCCUCCCACAGAAUGCCAUCUCCGUCCCUCCUCCUCCCGCUCCACCUGCCGCCACUCCGCCCGCGCCUCGCCGCCUCCUCCCCCUCCCCCCGCUACCCGCCCCCCUUUCUCAGAACCCUACCACCGCUGGCCCCCACUCCUCGCCUCGCCCUUCCCGCCGCGGCGGCUCGCUCCGGCGGGGGCGGUGACCGCGAGGGAAACCGGGGCGCGGCGGGGGACCGCGGGCGCGUCAUCCCCAUCGCGCGGUGCUACGAGGCGGGCCUCGCGCGGCUCGAGGUCUCCGGCGCCGCGCGGCGGGAGCAGGCGGUCGCGGCCGCGGCGGCGGCCGACGGUGGGGCGGCGGCGGAGGCGCACCUCGGCGCCGGCUCCGAGGCCAUGGUCAUGGAGGCCUUCCUCCCCGGAGCCGGUGGCGCCGCGUCCACUCGAGUGAUUUUGCAAGCCAAGGAAGUCAAAGAGAAGGCCGCUGAGAUAAAGAAGGACUUUGGUGAUGAUAUUUUCUCUGAAAACGAACCUGAUUCCGAGAGUAUCUUGGCUAUGGCCCUCAAGCAAGUUGUGAUGCAGAAGCUUUCAAACUAUCGGCUAGAAAUCUUCUCCCCAGGUUCAGGGAGGAACAUCCAGGACUGGAGCAAACAACGGAAGGUUCCUGUGGAUUUUAGCAUCAGUUCAUCAGAUGAAAAACUUCUAUCCGCUCUUGCUGAAGCAAUUUUCUCAUGUGUCAUUGAGGAUACCGAAAAGAGUUACCUCGGUGGCACAGGCGGGUUUUUUCAAACGCAGAAGCUGAACUGCUCAUCUGAUUCCACUGUUUGUAUACACAGAAUUUCCGAGGCAGAAGUUGCAAAUAACGCUAGGAGAUGCUUGGAGAGUUUUAAUCUUACCAAGUCCUCUCAUGAAGUGGGCAGAUCAAAGAAUGCAUGGUGGCCAGCCCCAAAAUAUGGAAGGUUGGCGGAGAUCGGGGGUCCUGAUUUUAUCCUUUGGGCCCAUGAGUUCGUUCCUUCUUAUAAACUGCAAAUUAAUGCCAAUGCAUUCGAGAAUACGAAGCUUGAGGGCUGUCAUGAGUUAGCAAAUAAUAGGUGGGAAGUUCCCAUAUCCCACUUCCAACUGGUGGAACUAGGGAAUGUUGUUGACAUGUAUUUUGAAGAUCAAUUUACGAUUCCUGGAAAAACUUUCCGUUCUCACUGGAAUGCAGAACCAUCCAAGAUUAGAAGGAACAAUGGUUAUUUGAACAACCUUUUUUCUUUCUUGGCUGGUUGUUCUGUUAUUUUUAUUGUCGGCGUCGUUGCUCAGUUAUGCUGGCCUCAAUCUCUUAAAGGCAAAAGGUUGUUUAUGGGCAGUUCACCCACCUCAUCAUCACAGAGCUAUUGUUCUGAUGUUCAUUCUCUGGAUAAUAGUGAGGUACGAGGUUAUUGCAUAUCUGUUGUUAAGAAAAUAAAAGAUUCAUGUGGUUGCCCUGGGGAUAUAGUGGUUGAUGAAAAUAUUGGUGCUUGGAUUGGAGAACUGCCUGACUGCUUCAAGGCCAUCAAUCUUGGCGAUAAUGCUGCUUCUGAUGAUGCUCAGUAUUCCUGUACUGUUAUCAAAGAAAAUAAGAACCCAUUGGUAUCAACUCCCACCGAGAUGACUUCUCAUCUGGAACAAAACGAUAAUACCCAGGAAAGUCUGCAGAACAUUGCUAGCUUUCAGGUGGUGAUGUCAGAAGAAGGUAAAUUGCUAGGUUUUCAGCCAACAAGCUGCCUAGCUGUGAACCAUUGGGCCGAAAAUCCACUAGCAGCACUGCUGUAUGAGGGGCGGAAGCUUUCUCCAGCUUUUCUGGAGCCUAGGCUUAAAAUUUCCCGUCCUGCUAAGGUUGUCCCAAUUGAGUUGUUGAUGUCGGUAAAUUCAGAAUCUUUUUUUGCUUUGGCGAGGCCUGUUCAAGAUCCAUGCUAACGGAGGUUAUACUGCUGACAUACCGAUACCCUGGCGGUCGCAUCAUCGUAUCCGGAGCCUGCUGAUGCAAAACUCACACCCCUUCUGAGCUGCCUUGGCCUCAACCUUGGCUCGCGGAAACCUGGAAGGCUCCUCGCUACACCUAGUCUUUCCGCUGCACAUCCCAAAAACUGCACCGUAAAUACCAUACUGACCAACAGUGAGCGUCACUCACCUUUCGACCAAAAACAUCAAUCCUGUAGCUGCACAUGAGCUCCACCACCAUUUGAUUGGAAGAGAAGCCCAGUGGUACCUUGUGCAUGCAUAAUUUACCAGCGAAAUAGAUGCAAGGAAAGAAGAGUGCGUCUGUACCGAGUAUGUCAGUGAUGAGCCUGCCGUUGCUGAACCGGCCGGUGGGCCUGCCGCCAAGGAAGCCCGCGCCGUACGGCAGGAAGUUGGCCCUCAUCACCGUCUGCAGCCGGUUGUUGUUCCCGGGGUCCACCGUCGAGUCCCCGAACACCAGCAUGGUCGUCCAGCCGGUGGUGCUGUAGUUGAUCGGCCUCCCAGGAGCCGGCAUUGGUGCCAUCGGCAGCGGCACCGCGGCCCACCCCGGUUCCUGCGGUGGCACCACCGUCCGUGGCGGCGUCGGAUCCUUCGGCGUCCGCCUAUGGCGAGGCAGCUCCGGCGGCUCAGGUUCCGGCGGAUCGUCCUGCCUCGGCGGCAGCCGCGCACGCCGGGGGCGAGUCGGCGGCGCUGCUGGUUCCGCCGGCGGCGGCGGCGGCGGCAGCGGCAUGGAGCCCGGCAGCGAGGGUACUCCUGGCGCAUCGGACUCCUCCGGUGGGGGCGGCGGCGGCAACAAUGGAAGCCCAGGCCAGGAUGGAUUAUCCUCCUGCUCGUCCGACGGCGGCGGCGGCGGCAUGCUUCGCACAGGUGGAUUGUCCUCCUGCUCGUCCGACGGCGGCGGCGGCAUGCUUCGCAGAGGCGGAUUGUCGUCCUGCUCGUCUGACGGCGGCGGCAUGCUUCGUGUGGGCGGAUCGUCGUCCUGCUCGUCCGGCGGCGGCAGGCUGCGGGCGGGUGGAUCGUCGUCCUGCUCGUCCAUCGCGGCCGCCGUCCUCCCCGGCGACGGCUGCCAUGCGAUGAGCAGGAGCAGUGCCACCGCAACCACCGCCGGCCUCCUCAUGGGUCGUCGACCUGAUGGUGCUAUGUAGUGCUAUACCUCUACCAAGUAGCAAGUGUGCCCGGCCAUGGAUGCCUGUAAUAUAUAUGCUCUGCCGCUCCAGCAGAGCAGAGCGGAGCGUGUUUUCCAAGACGGCUUGGUGCUGUGUAGGUGAGGAGCAAACCUAGUUUACUCUCAGGCUGCUUUGUGUGACAUGGUUACUCUGUGGUUUUCAAGACAGCUUGGUGCUGUUCAACUUGUGUGACUUUUAAACCGGUGAAAUUUACUCUGUGAUAACA